AUAAUGAAUGGAAACACGUCGUGGCCAAGAAAGUUGAGCAGCAACUAAAAAGUAACUAUCGGUCGGCGUUUGAAAGUUACCUAUUUAAGGAGGUUGGAAUCUGUUUAUUAAGUGAUGGAUUGGCCCGGCAAAUUAGAAACUACUUUCUGGAAGAGAAAGCCGCUGUACUUUUGUAGUAACUUUUGAAUGUUUUGAAAGGAAGCUACAGUGGAAGACACUGUAAACCUAAACGCGUUAUUGAGGGUAAAUGGCAUUUUGGGACAGUAACACAGCGCUGUCAUCUUUUUAUCUCGGUUUGUGGAUUAUCUGGAUUAAUCCGUAAAUGAAACCGUGGGAAUACUCCUGAGAUUUUUAUUUUAUUUUUUCAAAAAACAAAAAGAAAAAGAAAAAUCGGAUUAUUGCCCCCCUGAAACCCGCUGAAGGAUUGCAAGUUGACAAGAGGAUAUCUAUACUGGAGGAAAAAUGGGUAAUAUAGAGAGUGUUGAUGGCCAGUCGGAGAUGAAGCAUCACAUCAUGCCUCUGAAGGUGCCCAUGCCUGACCCCACCGAGCUGGAGGAGAAGUUUGCCAUCGUUUUGAAUUCUAUGAACCUGCCCCCGGACAAAGCUCGGCUGCUCCGACAGUACGACAAUGAGAAGAAGUGGGACCUGAUCUGCGACCAGGAGAGGUUUCAGGUGAAGAAUCCACCUCACACCUACAUCCAGAAGCUACGAGGAUACUUAGACCCCGGAGUCACGCGAAAGAAGUUUCGAAGGCGUGUGCAGGAAUCCACGAAAGUCCUGCGGGAACUGGAGAUAUCACUGAGGACAAACCACAUCGGGUGGGUCAGGGAGUUCCUCAAUGAUGAGAACAGAGGCCUUGACGUCCUGGUGGAGUACCUCUCCUUCGCCCAGUGCGCUGUCAUGUUGGAUUUUGAGGGGCUGGAAAAUGGGGAGGAUGGCUUCUUGGACAAGGCUAAGUCUUGGAGCAGGUCCAUUGAGGAUCUGCACCAUUCGAGCACCCAACCCUUCUGCAAUACACUGGUGCGCUCAGCCCGCCAGUCUGUCCUGCGCUAUGGCUCAGUUUCAAACAGCAAAACCAUCAAGAACUCCCGCCUCGUGAGUCAAAAAGACGAUGUGCAUGUGUGCAUCAUGUGCUUGAGAGCAAUCAUGAACUAUCAGUAUGGCUUCAAUAUGGUCAUGUCUCAUGCACAUGCAGUCAACGAAAUUGCUCUCAGCUUGAACAAUAAGAACUCACGGACGAAAGCUUUGGUCCUUGAGCUGCUGGCUGCCGUCUGUCUAGUCCGAGGAGGUCACGAGAUCAUCCUCUCUGCUUUUGACAACUUCAAAGAGGUUUGUAAAGAGAAGCAUCGCUUUGAGAGACUGAUGGAGUACUUCCGAAGCGAGGAGGGAAACAUCGACUUUAUGGUCGCGUGUAUGCAGUUCAUCAACAUUGUGGUCCACUCCGUUGAGGACAUGAACUUCAGAGUCCAUCUGCAGUAUGAAUUCACCAAGCUGGGACUGGAUGACUACCUGGAGAAAUCUAAACAUACGGAGAGCGACAAGCUGUCCGUGCAGAUCCAGGCCUACCUGGAUAAUGUGUUUGAUGUGGGUGGCCUGCUGGAAGAUGCGGAAACCAAGAAUGCAGCGCUGGAGAAGGUGGAUGAACUGGAGGAGCACCUGUCCCAUGUGACGGAGAAGCUGCUGGAGGUUGAGAAUGAGACAAUGAUGAAAGUGGCAGACCUGGAGAAGCUGCUGAUCCAGAAAGAUAAGGAUCUUCAAACAAUACGGGAGACGUACGAGUCAACCAACACCCAGGUCACCACCCUGAGGAGGAUGAUCAAGGAGAAGGACGCCGCGUUCCAGAGGCACUUUAACAUCGAGAGGCGUCUGCUGGAGCUCGAACAGCAAGGAACCAUCCGUUUGCACAAGAAACCCGAUGGAGACAUCUCCAUCGAGCCGCUGGGCGGUGCCGGGAUCCCUUUGGGGGACAUCGGGCAACUUUCUUUGGGUUCAACAGCUGGGUUGAUAGAACCAGGAGGGUCUGACACAAGUUUACCGCCAGCCAGUGAAGCUCCUCCGCCUCCUCCGCCGCCUCCACCCCCUCCCCCUCCUCUGCCAUCUGCGUCAGGCCCAAGUGCACCCGCGCCACCACCUCCUCCUCCCGCUCCUCCUUUGCCUGAUGCUUCUCCCUCCGUCAUCCUGAGCUUUGGUCUGUCAGCUAUCAGAAUUAAGAAGCCCAUCAAGACUAAGUUCCGCCUGCCUGUGUUUAACUGGACGGCCCUGAAGCCCAAUCAGAUCAACGGCACGGUCUUCAAUGAGAUUGAUGAUGAGCGUGUGCUGGAGGAGCUGGAUCUGGAGAGGUUCGAGGAGAUGUUUAAGACCAGAGCCCAAGGUCCGGUUGUGGAUCUUGCCUGCACAAAGAGCAAGGUAGCCCAGAAGACAGUCAACAAAGUCACACUUCUGGACGCCAAUCGUUCCAAGAACUUAGCCAUCACACUCCGAAAGGCUAACAAGACCACAGAAGAGAUCUGCAAAGCCAUAGAGAAGUUUGACCUCAAGGCCUUACCCGUGGACUUUGUGGAGUGUCUGAUGCGUUUCCUGCCCACGGACUCCGAGGUGAAGGUGCUGCGUCAGUACGAGCGCGAGCGGCGCCCCCUGGACCAGCUCGCCGAUGAAGAUCGCUUCAUGCUGUUGUUCAGCAAGAUUGAGAGGCUCACGCAGAGAAUGAACAUCAUCACCUUCGUUGGGAACUUCACCGACAACAUCAACAUGCUGACGCCGCAGCUCAACGCCAUCAUCGCUGCGUCCGGCUCAGUCAAGUCCUCACCGAAGCUGAAGAAAAUGCUCGAGAUCAUCUUAGCCUUGGGGAACUACAUGAACAGCAGCAAACGAGGCUGUGUUUAUGGCUUCAAACUGCAAAGCCUUGAUCUGCUUCUGGACACUAAGUCUACAGACAGAAAGAUGACUUUACUCCACUACAUAGCUCUCAUUGUGAAGGAGAAGUACCCUGAACUGGCAAACUUCCACAACGAACUGCACUUCGUGGAUAAAGCUGCAGCGGUAUCUCUGGAAAAUGUGCUGCUGGAUGUUCGGGAGCUUGGCAAAGGGAUGGACCACAUCCGGAAAGAGUGCAGCCUCCACGACCAUUCAGUCCUGAAAGGCUUUGUCCAGGCUAGUGACACGCAGCUGGACAAGCUACAGAAGGACGCCAAGACAGCAGAGGAAGCCUUCAACAGUGUGGUGAACUACUUCGGAGAGAGUGCCAAGACGACUCCACCCUCCGUGUUUUUCCCCGUGUUCGUGCGCUUCAUCAAGGCCUACAAGGAUGCAGUGGAAGACAACGAACAGAGGAAAAAGCAAGAGGAAGCAAUGAGGGAAAAGUUACUGGCUCAGGAGGCCAAACAGCAUGACCCCAAGGUCCAGGCCCAGAAGAAGAGGCAGCAGCAGCACGAGCUGAUUGCAGAACUGCGCAGGCGGCAGGCGAAAGACCACCGGCCCGUGUACGAGGGCAAGGAUGGCACCAUUGAGGACAUCAUCACAGUACUGAAGAGCGUGCCCUUCACAGCCCGCACUGCUAAACGCGGCUCACGGUUCUUCUGUGAAGCCAACCUCUGCGACGACGCCAACUGCUAGCCCUUCCCCCUUAAUGGCAAGGUUGUCCAGAUCUCCGAAACCAGCCUUUCCUGCGAGCUGACGCGUUGAUCCGGAGCGGUUGGAAGAGACCCUAAACCACUUACUCGUCACUUAAACCCCCACCCCCCCUCCUCCCUGCUAUAACCUUCCUCCCCGUGUCUCAACCCCCACGAGGCUGCAGAUCACAAAGACUGAAAAAGGGAGGACAGGACAUUGAGCCCUUGCUUUAGCUGGGUAAUUUAUUUAUUUAUGGAGGCCCUUUACAAACACUUUGCAGGCAUCAUUUCAGAAGCACAAUGGGCUACACUCUCUGUCGCUGCAAGUGUGAGACUUUAUCCCUGCUCUGCCGGGAUUGAGAGUUGGACCAGUUGGGGGACGGCUAAAGUACAGGUGAGGCAAAUUGAGGACGGGCAGAGGAAGACUUGCACUUCCGCCACCAAGUGCCUGCCAGCCUGUGGAUCUUCAUGUGGAUAUUCCUUUAAAAAAAAAAGAAAAAAGA